AGGACCUCCUUGCGGGGGACCCUGUGUUUGGGAGAUGUGGAGCCCUGGAGGCCAGAGUCAGACUCCAGACCAAGUGCACAGUAUGACCUGUCUGGGACCAGGGCCGCCCUCCUACUGGCUGUGAUUCAAGACCGGCUUGGGACAGAGCAUGAUGUGACAGCACUGGUGAACCUGUGCCAGGCCUUGGGCUUCAAGGUCACCUUGAGGACAGACCCUACCGCUCAGGCAUUCCGGGGGGAGCUGGUUCAGUUCCGGGAAAAGCUGGACGCUCACAAGGGCCCUGUGAGCUGUGCCCUGCUGGCCCUGAUGGCCCACGGGGGGCCACAAGGGCAGUUGCUGGGGGUUGAUGGGCAAGAAGUACAGUCCGAGAUGUUGGUCCAGGAGCUGAACUGCUGCCAGGCACUGCGUGGCUGCCCUAAGGUCUUCCUGCUUCAGGCCUGCCGUGGGGAGAACAGGGACCCUGGUGUGGGGCCAAGAGCUCUCCCAUGGUACAGGCGCUGGCUGCAAGCGCCCCCAGGCAUCCCCACCCAGGCAGAUGUUCUCCAGGUUCAUGUUGACACCCCAGGGAGCACUGGCCAAGCAGACAUCCUUACUGUCUACUCAGCUGCUGAGGGCUGUGUGGCCUAUCGGGACGAAGAAAAGGGCUCAGACUUCAUCCAGACGCUGGUGGAGGUCAUGAGAGCCAACCCAGGAGGAGAUCUCAUUGAGCUGCUGACUGAGGUCAACAGGAGGGUUUGUGAACUGGACGUGCUGGGGCCAGACAGUGAUGAGCGGCGCAAGGCGUGCUUGGAGAUCCGCAGCUCCCUCCGGCGCCGGCUCUGUUUAUAGAAUUGACAGUCAGGCUACUUCCGCUCCAUCCUCCUUCCGCACUCUGUCAGCGUUGCAGCACCUUGGGCGUGGGAGCUCAGAAGCGUGCAAUAAAUACCUGUUCACGGUCGUUGUGCCCCGGGAAAUGUACACUUUCUCUGAAAUAAGUGAGAUAAAGUACCUGGCACUAGAUAGAGGAACAGCUGUGCUCUUGGGGACCAGAGGUUGGAUUGGGGUUUGUGCCU